AAAUUCCAGUGGGGCAGCCAUGCUUAGCUGUGGCAAAAGCAACAAAAGAGGAGGUGUCUCGGCGGCACGGGAAAGGCUGGUUAUUUGUGCGGUGAGUUCUCGCCAUGAAGUGGUCUCUAGCUUCUGCUACUACAAACCAACCCACCCCCAAACGAAAAUGAUGCAUCCUGUUGCCAGCGGUAACUCCCCUUUUUGUGGGACCGGAAAGAGUUCUUGCCUUAAUGAUGACAACGUAACGCCUACUGAUCAAUUUGACUUAUAUUCCACACAACAAACCAAGUAUAGCCACACGGUCAGCCACAAGCCAAUACCGUGCCAGAGACCAGAUGCGUUAAAUGAACCACACUUGCAAACCACAAGUGGCAGGAGUAUAGAGACGAAAGAUGAACUAAAGAAAAAGAAAAACCUCAACAGAUCUGGUAAACGUGGAAGACCAUCGGGGACCACAAAAUCAGCGGGCUACAGAACAAGCACAGGUAGACCGCUGGGGACCACCAAAGCGGCUGGAUUUAAGACAAGUCCAGGGAGACCCUUGGGUACAACUAAAGCUGCAGGAUACAAAGUCAGCCCAGGGAGACCACCAGGAAAAAAGCAGCAAGCCUUCAGGUGUUCCAGUGAUGCCUAACUCAUAAUGAGCUGGACUUUAUGCUGUAUUUUAUAAUAGAUGUGUUGAAUUGAUUUGGGGGGACUAUGUAUGCACUGGCAACCAUGAACCUCAACAGUACUGGAAGGCUUUUUAGUCAUGUAAACUGAUGGCAGCUAAACUGCUACUAAAAUAGUUUUUUGCUGAAACUAUGAAGCUCUUUAUAUAUUUCGUUCUUCAAGAAACUUUGGAAGUAUGACAUCCUAUUAAUUUUUCCCACCAUGGUGCAACUUCUGACACACAAUGUUAAUGUGAGCUAAUUCACCCUCAGGAUGUAUAUUGUGCUGGCUGUUUCGUUACAUGACUUUUUUUCCAACCAAAAGGCUGCUUCUGACCCUUUCUCCUCUUGGAAAGCAGCUGAAUGUAAAAUCUACAGGAAUGGCUUACCUUAACUGGCAAGGAGAAAGUUGCGUGUCAUCAGUGUACCUUUGAAUAACCUCCUUCUGUUUUUCUCAUUCUGCACCUCUUUUGCUUCUCAGUCAUGUGCAUCUACUCAAUGGUGCCAUGCAGUGUAUUGGGAGAUAACAUAGAUGCAUUAUUGCUCUGGUAUAAUGAAUUUUGUAUUCAAGUAUGAUGAGAAAGUAAUGAAAUCAUCUAAGCAAUUUAUGCUUGUAUCUAGUGCUCAUUUAAAAACACAAAUAUUGUCAGUUGGGGAAACAGAAACGGGGGGAAAAGUUUCUCUAAAGGGCAGUUUAAUGCCCUGGAUUAGUUAAUGAGGCCAGAAGAACACUGUUGGGCAUUUCUUGAUUCCAGUUUAUUUUAUCCUCUGCUGUGGUUUACAAGUGCCAUGCUGUGGGGUGGAAAGAAGUCAAGACCCGGAGAUGUUUGAAUGAUAUAUUCAAAUAUUUUUGCUACUCCUGUAUAUAGUGUUCAGAAUACAUUGUGCUUUUGUUUUUCUUUCUUUUCUUUUUUUGUAACUCUGUCUGUUGUCAUGACAAACACACAGCAUGUUAACUCCUAUACUUUGAUAUUAUUGGAAAGGGAGAAGGGAAAUGUCCCUUGCCUCUCAUAGUAUUACUACAUGAUUUAUAACAGCGGUACUCACUUCGCAGCUAACAGAGAGCUACAUUUGUAGUUACCAUAAACCAGAAGUUGCAUCAGUAUUGUAUGCCCUUUGAGCCACCCCACCAAACAUACACUCACAGCGACAUAACUAUUUAUAUUAAAUAUAUAACCAUAACCUUUUUAAUCACCACAGUAAUGCUGAGCAUGCAGGGUUUCUCCCCAACACUGCCAGCCCUUGGGUAUCUGGAGUGAGGCUUGCAUGUCAAAGUCAUGGCACAAAAUUGUACAACCUUUCCUGUUCUCCAGAACUCUUUAUGGGCUGGAUGUUAAAAAAUAAAUUGCUUCACUAUGUUAAAAUUGCCCUUGAAGUUGAACUCUAAUGUUGAAGGAGACAGGGUGAUCAGAAACUCAUUCUGUUCCUUGGUAUGCCCCAUUCCUCUACAUCAUUCAGCUGCAUAUGUUGAUUCAGCCUCAAACACAGAAUCCCUACAUCUCCACAACGUCUAAAUAACUGAUCAUAGGUUAUGCUAUGUUUUAAAUAUAACACUGUUAGUUUUCAUCAUUAAUAUGGGCUCAACAUUAAUACCCCAGUUUCUUAAAAGUUCAUUAGAGUUUUACCUUCUCUCUUCAUCUCAGAAAUCAGAUAGGGCCGGAUGGCUUGAGAAACUACCAUAUUCAAAGUGCCCUAAUCUAGGUACUGUGGAGAUGCUAACAGGAUCAUUCUGUGCAUGUUUACUCAAUCCUACAUUAUUCAGUGGGACUUGCACUCAGGUAAGUGCGCAUAGGAUUGAAGACUAAACCAUGCACUUGCAGAUGUGGGGGUUUAAAAGAUGUCUGAAACUCAGUGCACUACUGGCCAGCAAAGUACUUAAUGGACUGUGCAGGGGAAAGAAUGGAGAAAGCACACGUGUUUUCUCUGCAGAGCUUGCUUUGUCUUGUGCUGGGGAGUGAGCAAGAAGGCAAAGAGGCAAGUAAAAGAUACUGUAUCUUCCUUCUUCAGGAGCCCGUUUGGGUUGUGCCAUGAGUGUUUUGAAGGGCUCACAGCUCAGGUGAGAAUGAGAUGGUCAAGGCUAUUAUGUCUCAGGAAAACAAGGUAAAGGGAGCUCAGACUUCCCAGUGCAUAAGCCUGCUCUGAGCCAGCCACAGCAAUGUUAAGCUUCUCUUCACAAGAAGCCUGUGUGCCCUUCUUCUCUUCCUUCUUACUGUUUUCCCAGCAUAAGAUACGGCAGCUCAGGUGACACAGUAAAAUUGCCAUGGUGCCUGGAGGACAAAUUGGUUGUAGAGAAGAGAGAAUAAAAUCACCACGCUGCUGUGGAUAGCUUGCUCUUUUCCUGGGUAGCUGCUUUUGGUGAUAGUGAUUUUACUCUCUUCUCUGUAUCCAGCUUGUUCUUGUAGUUGACCAGGUAGAGGGAUGAAAGUGCAGAGGCUGCAGAGAAACAUGGGGUUGUAGAAGAGGGUGGGCCUUUCUGUCCCUGCCAUGAGGCCCACACUUCAUAGAAACAUGCAGCUUACCCAUCCUCCAGUCCCUCUGGCAGUGGCUGUUUAAGAUGGGAAUCACCUGCCAACCAAAAGCUGCACCAGGCGGGGCCCUCGCCCAUUUCCCCUGAAAUAUGGGGUGGGUGACUCAUUGAGCACUGUUGUUCAGAAGAACCAUAUAUAGUAUGUCAAAGAACCAUACAUGUCUCCUGAGCCACUGAGUGAGUAUCACUGAUUUAUAAAGCAAAUCGAUAAUUUUAUAUAUACCUUAAUUCUGCUCUUCAUAAGCUAAGAUUGUUGAUGUGUAUUGGCACUAUUCAGAAAAUCUACAUGUCAAAUUUGUGUUGGUUUUUAAUUUUGGUUAAAUAUAGAAUUUUUAGUUCUGUCUUUUAAUAAAACA